AUGACGAUGCAAUUGCAUCUUCUGGUGGGAUCCAUCUCCAUCGCUUCCCAUGCCACCGCCGCUGAUUCUACUUACCUCUCCACCGCGCCUCGCCGCCGGAGACAUCUACUCAUCUCAGCGUCCUCCUCUUCAGCUUCAGCAAUCAACGGCGAUGGCGACCAUUACACCGUACUCGGCGUCGCCCGCUCCGCCGACGUUGUUGAUAUCAAACGCGCUUAUCGCCACCUCGCCCUUAAGUAUCACCCUGAUGUUAGCAAAGAUUCACGUGCCUCUGAAUUGUUCAAGAGUAUUCGUCAUGCUUAUGAAGUACUAUCCAAUGAAACAACUAGAAUUCAGUAUGAUCGAGAACUUCAAUCCAGUCACAAGCCUUACCAAAAUAAAUGGGGUUACAGCACUGACUUUGAAGAUGAGGUAAGAAGCUAUAGGCGGGCUUACACAAGGAGGAAAAUGCAUAGUAAAAGAUACUGGGAGCAUUACAAUGUCAACGAGGAUUACUACAGCAGCGACGAAGACAAGGAAGAUGAAAGAAAUUUAAACGGAAAAAGGGGUUCAUUUAUUGAAGUUCUUAGAUCAGCAUUCUUGUCAUUAUUAUUAUUCCAGACAUUAGGAGCUCGAAUCUCCCUUACAUUUAGCUGUCUGACAGCAGUGUUUGAUAACAAGUUAGAUGCUGGCUAUAAAGUUGGUUACGUAAUAGCAUGGAUUUUGGGUGGAAGUGGUGGCAUAAUGUUAACAUUGUUCUUGUCAUUUUUAAGUUGGAUUUGUGGGAAAACCAGCAGUAGUGUGGUUGCAUUAUUCAUGGUUGCCAUGUGGGUUGGCUCUUCCCUUGCAAGUAUUGCACCGGUUCCUCAAGGUGCUCUGUUAACUCUUAUCUACAUGUCCAUUAAGCUGCAAUCUGAUCAAAUAUAA